GCAUAAACAUGCGCUGAACAGGCCGUAGGCAAAGGUCACGCUGCUGGAGAAAGUGUGCAUGUGGCGCCAAACUUCUGGGACUGAAUGCUCCUCGCCAUCGGGCUCUGUAUUACAGUUGUCCUUAUGUCAAAGAUGUUUCGUAGCAGGUCCUAGGGCCGCGUUGGAACUUCCCGUCUCACCAGCUACUGAUUAUGGACAUACAUCGUUGCAGCGUCACGUUUUUCCUCCUCUGGGCGCUGGCAGCAGCUUGCACAGUCGACGCGGGGUCAUGGCCAAACAUGACGGUGGCGCAGAUGAGCGAGUGGUUCUGGGGUCCAUCCGCAGCACGACUGCCCGGGAAGGACUUCGUUGAGGCGGUGCAGGCCUCCCACCUACGCGUGUAUGAUGGGCGCGGUCGCGAACGGAAGAUCUCCAUCCUGUCAAUCGCCAGCGAGUUCUCAUUCAUGGGCGACGGAAUGUGGCAGCUGUUCCUGCAGAGCCUGCAGAACAUCACAUUUGCGCACCGUGACGGACGGCAGGACCACUUGGCGGCGCACCUGGUUGCCACCGUUAUGACACUGCCCAACGGCACCGCGGACAGCUGCACGCGCGUGUCGCAGCCCUACGGCGCGCGCUGCGUCCCCAUCACCUGCCCCAUGUUCACACACGAGAACUAUGGCUACAAAAGCCCGCCGUUCUACGCGCUGAGCUUUGCGAAGAUCCAGACAAUACUAGAUGCGCUGACACUUAACUUCGAUGUCUUCUUCCUAGAUGGAGACCAGGUGUUCUUCCGCAACCCGCUGCCGUACUUUAUGGCGCGACCCGAUGUGGACGUUAUGGUCUCUGGGGAGUGCCAGAGGCGAGACGACACGAUACCGCUGGACCGAUUCCCUCGUGUGGCCAACAACAUAGGUGUGCUUUACUUCCGCGCGCGGCCGAUGGUGGCGCGUGCGGUGGUGAACUGGAUGGCCUGGCUGGUCAACCUGGCCCAGUGGAGUAGGCCCAGUCUGGAUCAGAGUACAUUUGGUGCGGCGAUGGAGUGGAUGAGCACAGACCUUGGGACAAAGGUACUUUCGCUGUCCAUGCUCCUGGGGGAGACCUUCAGCCAGUGGUGCAUGGGCCCAUGCGGCUGCAACACCACUCGGUUGCCCAUGGGGCAGCGGGGGCAGUCACCGGGGCGGGGGCCCGACGGCAUGUGCCCGGUCGCCACGGUACGGCAGUGGGUCAGCUUUCACGUCCCCUGCGACGGCGACAUGAACCAGAAGGCCCGCACCAUGCGCGAGCUGCUGGCCAUGUACCAGCGCCUGGUGGGGCCCGUGCACAGCCUGUCCGCGCCCAUGGCCACGGCGACGUAGCGGGAGGAGGCAGGAGCGCCAACGUGCCAUUCGUAGGUGGAGCUGCAGGGGUGCAGCACGCACAUCACACACACUCUGUGACGCUCCCAUCAAGGGGCGGGUCGACAGGGCACCUUAUUGGGUGCACGCAUUGGGACCUUGUGCGGGAAAGGCUACAGGUGUCUGCCGAACUGGAUAGGUAGGCAGUAGCAGGGCUGCGGAAUGAGGAGGAUAAGUGGCAAAUAUGGGAAUGCUGGGGGGGGGGGGAAGCAUGUGACAAGGGGUGUCAGCUUUGUACAGCUGGAAAAUGGGCUGAGCCCCAUGUAGCGCAAGGGGAUGUGACGAUGGGCACCGGCGACAUGAACAGCACCCUUGCAAGCCCAUCAAGCGGGACUGGCCACUAUGCCAACGCCGUGCCGAGGCACCGACAUGCCCUGUCCCCGCCACGCCACGCCACCUUACCCACGCCACUUCACGGUCCAUGAUACCCCAAAUGCACCUCACCCACAUCCCACUCAAGCACCGCAAACGGCUAGCCGGGCUCGGGCGCGGGAUCCCGGGCCGCGACACAUGUAAGGCUCGGGGACG